AUGUCCACAAAGAGACCCAAGAGCACAGCCACUACCAGUGUGGGCAGUAAGGGGAAAGGUGUGUAUGAUCCCUUCAGUACAUCUGACAUUUUUGUAUCAUACUUCACCUGUCAUGUUUAUUUUCCUCAUUUUAAUGAUACUAAUGCAAAUGUAAAUGAAAAGUAAAAUAAAAGUACAUCAAGUAUGACAAUUCACAUUUUCUGCUGUUUUGAAUCCAUGUAGACAAAAAGGCUGAUGAGUCGCCUGCAGGAAGUGUGGCAGGGUCUGGUAAGAUUUUUUGAUGCAUUAUAUAACUAUUUAAUCAGACAUUUUCCUCAAAAUUCCUGGCUCAUUUGCUGUAUAUCAAACGUAUGAUACUGCAAUGGCUAACACUUAGAUAUAGAACAUUAAGUGGAAACUACCCCAGCAUGAGUUCAGUGAAUUCCCUGGGUUUUUGACUGCUCCGGAAAUGUAGACCGCUGACACAUAUCCUCUGCUGAUUCCCAUGAAAUUCCAUAAACUAUUAGCAACCUGAACUCUGCUUUCUGAAUAGGCCGGCGAUGGGUCCAUAACAAGGUUUGGGUAAUCAGUUACAUGUAAUCUGAAGAAGGAAAAAAAACUGUAACUGUAAUCAGUUACGCUACCAGCAAAAAUAUUGUAAUCAGAUUACAGAUACUUUUGAAAAAGUAGAUAAUUACUUCUUGGAUUAGUUUUAAAUUCAGAAAGGAUGUUUUGGGGGAAAAAAUACAUUAUGACUGUUUUCUCAAUGACAUUUAAUUCAGCAUUGAAAAAAGUUGCAAGUUAAAGUUUGUUCCACCUGAGCAAGUCUGACCACAAGUCAGGCAUCACUAUGUUGACACACCAAAUGCCUUUGAUGGAUCCGUUCCGUUUUCUUCUAACGCCUCUUAAGGGGUAAGUAAUCCAAACGUAACUUUAAGUAAUCAGAUUACGUUACUGAGUACAAUUUUGGACAGGUAACUGUAAUGGAUUACAUUUAGAAAUUAACCUACCCAAUCCUGGUCCCUAACACAAAGGGUUGUGUGAAAACAAAUUUUCCUUAAUUACUGCAGCCUCCGCCAUAGUAGAAUAUGACUGUAGCCUGACUGCCUUACAACUUAGUCCUAAGGAGCUAAUUCCCCUCUUGUGAACAAUCGGGUGUGUCUGCCAAACACCAGCAUGAUCUACAUCUGGUCUCUCAUCACAUUACCAUCGUAGCAGAAAGAAACACAGUACACUAAUGUGUUCCUGUUCCACAACAAACAAGACAGAGAACAACAGCUCUCGGCAAAGUACCCUCCUGAUUGAAUGACAAGCCCGUAUUUGAUUGCUUCCAUCUGUGUGAGAGGGGCUGGCCCCUAGGGUACAUGUCAUUCACUCAGACAGGGACAGAAGAUGCCAGAGGAAGCCUAAGGCCUGAGCCUAUUUGACUCUCAAACGGUGAUGUAAUAUGAUAACAUGAUAUAUUCAUCAGCGCUGUCUCUUUGUGGGAGGAAACCUGUAUACCCUAUGCAUGCUUUUGAUGUGAGCGUGGGUGUACUGUUGCAAACCCUGUGGACAUACACAUGACCACUGGUAUAUUUCUCUACAACUCAAUCUCAUACCUUCAUUGUCAGAGGGAGAGCUGCUUUCAUGUAUUUCAGCGCCACCCCUGCAAACAUGCUUUGGUUUUCCAUCUCAAUUAUAAGUCUUAACAAAUGCCGGCCAGACCAGCAGAAGGAAAUGGGUAUCUUUUUACUUUAGAUUAGGUCAUCGGCUUUCAUGUAAAGGGAACAUGAUAGCGUUAUGCACUUGGGAGGGUCGUCCCAGCUGAUACAGUAUGACACAGCCCUAUUGAAUGUAAUGUGUUGGAGAUGCUCUGGAGCAUAGUUGGAGCUAUAUGCUUGGUCUAUCUUCUGUCAUUUAAAGAGAUGACUUAGACAAACUCCAAUACAUGUACUGGAUUUAAAAUAUGUGGUGUUGGUGGUAACAAUAUGAUUCACAAACACUUUUUUAUGGAUUUUACCUGAAAGGGGGACGGCAGCUGUUUUUCAUAUGUUACAUUUAACCUCUCAUCAUCACUAAACCGUAACAUAUUUUCCAUAAGUACCACAUGGAAUGUUUAACACAUCACCCACUGUAAAUGAAUGGUGUGAGUUUCCACUACAAUGAUUUGGCAUGGGCCCUGGCGGUCUGGAUACAAAAGGGAAGACACACCUAGUUGGGAAGUGGUUACUUAAGUUGUACUUCAGCAUUCUCUGGGUCUCCUCAGCCUCAACCCUGUGGAAAGGCUUUGAUGCAGGCCACAGGUGGGAUGAGAGCUAUAAUUAUGCAAAGCCCUGUUUACUAUAGCAUGCAAUGCACUGUAAGCCUGUGUUUAGGUCCAAGAUAAGUUUACUUUAGCAAGUAUACAAGAGAAGCUUCCUAGCCUGUUUACCAAAAGGCUUCAAAGUGAAUACUGUCGUGCUCUGGUGUUAUACACAUGGCGUUACUCGGUGGUUACUGGAGUCAUGUUGUUGUUUUGAUUGUUUGUAGGCUGGUGAUGAUGUUUGUAUUAUCAUACUUUUUUACAAUCAGAUAAAACACAAUUAAGAACAGUGCUGUACGUUUUUGUCUUUUAUCUUUUCUUGUUAUUGCAACUGAGUAUUGGAGGUACUCUCGAGGGUAGGGCACAGCAUAGCAAAAUGUAUUGCAACGGAAAACAGAAAUAUGUGUUCUUAUUGGACAAAUUCCCUAAACAGUCUGACCUUUGUCCCCCUCACUUCAAGGUCAUCCUAAUGACAUCUUCCCCUUGACGUUGACCUCGGCUACCCAGGAGCUGUUUGGGUGUCGCUGUGACGAGGACGUCACCGGGGACAACCCCUACAAGAUCCUGAGGAAAGAGGACAUGGUGCAUGACAUGAGGAUGAGGGCAGCUGUGUCUGAUUUCAGCCCUGUGAAGCAGCUGGUGCUGGUAGGCUGAUCUCUAUGGCGUUGUUGUUGUUGUUAUACAGAGGAAGCAAACAGGCAAUCCCCUGUGGCUCAGUUGGUAGAGCAGGGCGCUUGCAAUGCCAGAGUUGUGGGUUCGAUUCCCACGGGGGACCAGUACGAAAAAAGUAUGAAAAUGAAUGAAUUCACUACCGUAAGUCGCUCUGCAUACAAUGGGGAAAAAAAGUAUUUAGUCAGCCACCAAUUGUGCAAGUUCUCCCACUUAAAAAGAUGAGAGAGGCCUGUAAUUUUCAUCAUAGGUACACGUCAACUAUGACAGACAAAUUGAGAUUUUUUUUCUCCAAAAAAUCACAUUGUAGGAUUUUUAAUGAAUUUAUUUGCAAAUUAUGGUGGAAAAUAAGUAUUUGGUCACCUACAAACAAGCAAGAUUUCUGGCUCUCACAGACCUGUAACUUCUUCUUUAAGAGGCUCCUCUGUCCUCCACUCGUUACCUGUAUUAAUGGCACCUGUUUGAACUUGUUAUCAGUAUAAAAGACACCUGUCCACAACCUCAAACAGUCACACUCCAAACUCCACUAUGGCCAAGACCAAAGAGCUGUCAAAGGACACCAGAAACAAAAUUGUAGACCUGCGCCAGGCUGGGAAGACUGAAUCUGCAAUAGGUAAGCAGCUUGGUUUGAAGAAAUCAACUGUGGGAGCAAUUAUUAGGAAAUGGAAGACAUACAAGACCACUGAUAAUCUCCCUCGAUCUGGGGCUCCACGCAAGAUCUCACCCCGAGGGGUCAAAAUGAUCACAAGAACGGUGAGCAAAAAUCCCAGAACCACACGGGGGGACCUAGUGAAUGACCUGCAGAGAGCUGGGACCAAAGUAACAAAGCCUACCAUCAGUAACACACUACGCCGCCAGGGACUCAAAUCCUGCAGUGCCAGACGUGUCCCCCUGCUUAAGCCAGUACAUGUCCAGGCCCGUCUGAAGUUUGCUAGAGUGCAUUUGGAUGAUCCAGAAGAGGAUUGGGAGAAUGUCAUAUGGUCAGAUGAAACCAAAAUAUAACUUUUUGGUAAAAACUCAACUCGUCGUGUUUGGAGGACAAAGAAUGCUGAGUUGCAUCCAAAGAACACCAUACCUACUGUGAAGCAUGGGGGUGGAAACAUCAUGCUUUGGGGCUGUUUUUAUGCAAAGGGACCAGGACGACUGAUCCGUGUAAAGAAAGAAUGAAUGGGGCCAUGUAUCGUGAGAUUUUGAGUGAAAACCUCCUUCCAUCAGCAAGGGCAUUGAAGAUGAAACGUGGCUGGGUCUUUCAGCAUGACAAUGAUCCCAAACACACCGCCCGGGCAACGAAGGAGUGGCUUCGUAAGAAGCAUUUCAAGGUCCUGGAGUGGCCUAGCCAGUCUCCAGAUCUCAACCCCAUAGAAAAUCUUUGGAGGGAGUUGAAAGUCUGUGUUGCCCAGCGACAGCCCCAAAACAUCACUGCUCUAGAGGAGAUCUGCAUGGAGGAAUGGGCCAAAAUACCAGCAACAGUGUGUGAAAACCUUGUGAAGACUUACAGAAAACGUUUGACCUGUGUCAUUGCCAACAAAGGGUAUAUAACAAAGUAUUGAGAAACUUUUGUUAUUGACCAAAUACUUAAUUUCCACCAUAAUUUGCAAAUAAAUUCAUUAAAAAUCCUACAAUGUGAUUUUCUGGAUUUUUUUUCCUCAUUUUGUCUGUCAUAGUUGACGUGUACCUAUGAUGAAAAUUACAGGCCUCUCUCAUCUUUUUAAUUGGGAGAACUUGCACAAUUGGUGGCUGACUAAAUACUUUUUUCCCCACUGUAAGAGCAUCUGCUAAAUGACAAAAAUGUAAAUAUAAAAUGUAAUAUCCUCCCAACCAAUAUGAUGGUUGAUUCACAGGCCUCAUGUUUAGGUUGAGGGUUCUGGGUUAAAAAAACACUGCCUCAGUUCCUAGCCUGGUCGCAUAUCUGUUUAUGCUGUCUUUAACCAUAAGAGUUGGCAAGACAGCAAAAACAAAUCUGGGACCUGAUCUCUGAUUGAGUGAAAUAGAUAAAGACCAUCUAUCUCACUCUUCUAACUCCACCCAGCAUCCACCGUUCCUGUGCUUUUUGGUGUUUCUCUUAUCACUAGACUAGAUCAUCAAAUAUCACUCCGCUUUGUGGGGUAGUGCUGUUUCCAUGGUAAUGUGUGGGUGGUUGUUUGUCCUCUCUAAGACCUUGAGACAACAAUUCAGGUUCUCAAUGACCCAGACCCCCCAGCUCUUGUAAAUGAUCUACUGGUUAAUGUUUCACUCACAAUGACACUCAUUUUAAAGGUUUAGAGUAAACAAUUAUUAUGACCUAUUAUUAUUAUUUAUUUAUUUUGUCAAAUUGUUCUUACAUGUUAUGCCAACCUGCUAGUCUCUGUGUGUGCAGUGUACUGUGCUCUCAAUGCCCUCUGUCCUAUGUGAUAUAACAGGACUACCCUGAAGAUGAGCUCCUCCUGGUCUACGACAGUGACUUUAUCUACGGAUCCAGCUUCUACCUGGUUCUAACAGCUGAGGCCAAGGAAAGGCACCUAAAGGUGAGUCAAUUUAGCGCCAAUAAUCUGCUCUUCAGAAGAAGAAAAAAAACGUUUUAAAAACAGUACUCUGUGACAUUGUCACGCCUGCUCCCGCUCCCCCUCCCUGGCGCUCGAGGGCGCCAGGCUGCCCACCAGUACGCACACCUGUCACCAUCGUUAAGCACAUCAACGCUUCAUUGGACUCACCUGAACUUCAUCACUGCUUGGUUACCUCCGCUAUAUCUGUCUGUUCCUCAGUUUGAUCCCCAUGUCAGCAUUAAUGUCAUUAUGUUUCCCCUGUCCAGACGCUGUCCGUGUUUUGUUUUAUGUCUGUAUAUAUUAAAUGUUCACUCCCUGUACAUGCUUCUCGUCUCCCAGUGUCUGUCCUCACAGACAUACUAGGAGACAAACACCCUUUACUACUGUAUAUGAAUGAUAACGUGAUUAUAAAAUAAGUAAAGAAAGUAAUGAUUCAAAUUCAAAACAUCUAAAGAAGAAUAUCAUUCAUGUCUUCAAUAUAAUCCCUAUUACUCAUUACAAUGUUGUCUGUAUGUCUGGCCCAUGUAGCCUGUAGUGGCGUUGGGAGUUGAGGUAGCUUUGGAGCGGGAGCCGUCUGAGGUGUUUGCAGCACAGAAGACCUCUGAACCCCAGCCCUGGAUCUCUUUGGGCAGCGAACAGGAGGUAGAGGAGGAGUCUGUCACUGACUCCAGACCCAGGGUAAAACACCGGAACAACAUUUAGGUCCCUAAAAAAUAGAAUUCAAUAAUCAAAACAGAAAAUAGAAUUGUUACUCAAUUAUUGUUCUGAAUGAAUUAGGUAAUGAUCUAUUAACUACGUUCUGUAAUGAUCAUGUCUAUACAAUACUGACAUGUUAAGUAGCUUCCAUCUAUCUAUCUCUCUCUUUCAUACUUUUUUCUCCUCCUCCCUCUCAGUUGAAGUAUAGGAUCUCCAGGGUGCGGAGGGAGUUUGGGGCGCCAAUCUUCUUCUCUGAACGUAAUGCCACGGAGACCAAGGAUGGCUUCAUUGAAUGUACCCCCUACCAGGACAAGAACUUCAGCCUCAAGCAGAUGGAGAGACACACUGGGGUGCAGGCUAUCCCCAACCUCAAGAGCUCCAGCACCCAAACACAAUGGUAGGUCAUGUUCUAACUACAACAGGGUAGAACAGGGGAAGAAAAUAGUGCAUGGUACAGUCCUGUAGCUACUAGUCCCCAGUGGCAGUACCUAACAAUGUUGGAUGUGUUAUAAUGAUUCAUUACUUUUUUUUAUUGCUGAUAAUACCGUACAUGUGUUAACACAACAACAACCAAAUGCUUUAUCAUUGUAGAAUGACUAUACCCUGUACUGGAAUAUGAUCUGAAUUUAACCUUGAAGCAAAAGUUAGCCUACUUUCUCCAGUAUUGUUCUGUUCCAUAGGACAUAUCCAAGGAGUAUGUGCACGCAGUACGAACCCAGAGAGUUCAGGCAGGAGGAGAAAAACAACUGCCUCCAAUCUGACAAUCUGAAGAAUUUCAUCAACUUGGUGGCCUCCAGGUAAGGGAUCAUUUAAAUGAUGGAUGCGGUCGAGUCUCUGGGACUCAAGGGGAGCGUUUUAAUGCAUGGAAUGACUGGAAGCCAACCCAGAGUUAUACAUUAUAGUGUAGCCUUGAGGCCUUGAGGAAUCCACUCUCAUACAUUAUGAAAGCCAAGACCUGAUUAAGAUAUACACAAAGUAAUUUACGGAGACUUAACUUUUCUUCUGGCAAUUCUCCAUGUUUUGUGCUGAUGUAUCUUUUCUGCUCAAUAUCUAAGCUCUGUUUUUAAAGUCAAACUAAAAUAAACUUUCAUUGUCUAAUACCCGAUAAAGUCCUAUCCUAUCUGUAUACCAUCAAUCUAUUACAUGACCCACUGUGUUCUACAUUCCAUCCCGUUCUGUACAUCAGACUAAUCUGGUUACCAGUCUUUUUAGCUAACAUUCCACUCCUUGCCAGUCCUGAAUAUUUGGCAAAUGACAGGAGUGGCAAGGAGUGGAAUGUAAUAGCUGAAUAGAGACGGCAUGAGAGUAUCACUUACAUAAAAAAAAAAAAAAAGUUUAUCUUUUGUUAGUCAGCACCUCACCUGACGGCCGAGAUAUACUAUAGAUGGGUUAGCUGACAACGUCACAAAAAUCAAUUUAUACUGUACAGCAGUAACUCGCCUAGCCACGCUAUGGCCGCCCUCAUGUGGGUGCUAAUAAGCUAGCAAGCAUGCUACGUAGUGCUACGUAUCAACAGCCAUUGUCAGCCAAUUCAGUAGGGGUUGGAAGCUAUGGUGCGCUUGGAUUGGUUACUUGUGCCGCGAUAUCGCCGUAGAUUUGCAUAAAGUUCAGCUUUGCCCAACUUUAGUCCCGCCCUGUUCAGCUCCCUCGCCCAUGCUCGCAUCGCCCAAUGACCCCCCCCCCCCGCCCACUCCGCUUCUCACCACUUUCCUUCCAUUGAAAAUGAAUGGGAAGCCGUUGUUUCACCGCGCGAUGCCGUCUCGAGUGUAUACGCCCUGUAAGGGUGUGUGUGUUCUUUAUUCAAUUAACUUCCCAGGUUUGAGAUAGCCAUCCAGCAGAAUGAGAUCAUGGAUGUGUUCUUUGACGACUGGAAGGCCCUGAGUGAGGAGGACAGUGGCUACGGACGGAAGGUUGACCCACACCUGAAGGAGUACCAGUCCUUCACUGACCUACACUUCAGCAAGGAGAAGACCAUCAGCAACAUCAACUGGCACCCCACCAUCAACGGUGAGGGACGGGAACACCAUAGAAAUAGAGUUACUAGAAGGGGCGUUCCCAUUCAAGUCAAUGAGGCUUUAAUGGGUUGGCCAGUGGAAGUACAGCAGGAAGUGUCCCCAUUAACCAGGAGGGAGUCAUUAUAUUUAUAUGAGGAACACGGACACAGGGGAACAUUACAGGCACCUACUGUAUUAAAGGGUCUGCAGUGUGAGUGUGGUUAUGAGUGGUUGUUACUGUGGCCCAAAAAAAGAUCAGUGCAAUCAUUUACAUUUAGCAGACAGACCGUAAUAAACAGGGGUGACUGUCUGUCAAAAUGAAGGAACAGGAAUGUUCUGCCACUGAACAGAACAUACAGAAUACUUAUCAUCAUCAGUUACUGUAUGGGUGUUACAAUCAAAUCAAAGUUUAUUGGUCGUUUACACAGAUUUGCAGAUGUUAUCGCAGGUGCACAGAAAUGCUUGUGUUUCUACUAGCUCCAACAGUGCAGAAAUGUCUAGCAAUACAAUAACAAUACACGCAUAAUACAGAAACAUUUCAAAAUAAGUUAUUUAGGAGGAGCCAUGACUAGAAUACAGUAUAUACAGAUAAAGUGGGUAAAACAGGAUGUAAACAUUAUUAAAGUGACCACUUUUCAAUGACUCUAUGUCACAGGAGGCACCUUAAUUGGGGAGGAUGGGCUCGUGGUGAUGGCUGGAGCAGAAUGAGUGGAAUGGUAUAAAAUACAUGUGUAUGGUUUUGACAGUGGUUACAGUUGAAGUCGGAAGUUUACAUACACCUUAGCCAAAUACAUUUAAACUCAGAUUUUCACAAUUCCUGAAAUUUAAUCCUAGUAAAAAAAAAAAAUCCCUGUCUUAGGUCAGUUAGGAUCACCACUUUAUUUUAAGAAUGUGAAAUGUCAGAAUAAUAGUAGAGAGAAUUAUUUAUUUAAGCUUUAAUUUCUUUCAUCACAUUCCCAGUGGGUCAGAAGUUUACAUACACUCAAUUAGUAUUUGGUAGCAUUGCCUUUAAAUUGUUUAACUUGGGUCAAACGUGUCGGGUAGACUUCCACAAGCUUCCCACAAUAAGUUGGGUGAAUUUUGGCCUAUUCCUCCUGGCAGAGCUGGUGUAACUGAGUCAGGUUUGUAGGCCUCCUUGCUCGCACACACUUUUUCAGUUCUGCCCACUAAUUUUCUAUAGGAUUGAGGUCAGGGCUUUGUGAUGGCCACUUCAAUACCUUGACUUUGUUGUCCUUAAGCCAUUUUGCCACAACUUUGGAAGUAUGCUUGGGGUCAUUGUCCAUUUGACAAGUGCACCAGUCCCUCCUGCAGCAAAGCACCCCCACAGCAUGAUGCUGCCACCCCCUGCUUCACGGUUGGGAUGGUGUUCUUCGGCUUGCAAGCUCCCUCUUUUUCCUCCAAACAUAACGAUGGUCAUUAUGGCCAAACAGUUCUAUUUUUGUUUCAUCAGACCAGAGGACAUUUCUCCAAAAAGUACGAUCUUUGUCCCCAUGUGCAGUUGCAAACCGUAGUCUUGCUUAUUUAUGGCGGUUUUGGAGCAGUGGCUUCUUCCUUGCUGAGCGGCCUUUCAGGUUAUGUCGAUAUAGGACUCGUUUUCUCCAGCAUCUUCACAAGGUCCUUUGCUGUUGUUCUGGGAUUAAUUUGCACUUUUCGCACCAAAGUACGUUCAUCUCUAGGAGACAGAGCGCGUCUCCUUCCUGAGCGGUAUGACGGCUGCAUGGUCCCAUGGUGUUUAUACUUGCGUACUAUUGUUUGUACAGUUGAACGUGGUACCUUCAGGCGUUUGGAAAUUGCUCCCAAGGAUGAACCAGUCUUGUGGAGGUCUACACAUUUUUUUUCUGAGGUCUUGGCUGAUUUCUUUUAAUAUUCCCAUGAUGUCAAGCAAAGAGGCACUGAGUUUGAAGGUAGGCCUUGAAAUUAGCCUAUCAGAAGCUUCUAAAGCCAUGACAUCAUUUUCUGGAAUUUUCCAAGCUGUUUAAAGGCACAGUCAACUUAGUGUAUGUAAACUUCUGACCCACUGGAAUGUGAAUUAUAAGUGAAAUAAUCUGUCUGUAAACAAUUGUUGGAAAAAUUACUUGUGUCAUGUACAAAGUAGAUGUCCUAACCGACUUGCCAAAACUAUAGUUUGUUAACAAGAAAUUUGUGGAGUGGUUGAAAAACCAGUUUUAAUGACUCCAACUUAAGUGUAUGUAAACCUCCGACUUCAACUGUAUAUGUGGUUGUGGUAGUUUCUGAAGGUAGUUUCUGUAUGGUUCUGUAACGUUAUGACAGUGUUGAUAUCAGAAUCACCUUUAUUUGCCAAGUACAUUUACAUGUGCCUAGAAUUUGACCUGGUGAAAUAGUGCUAACCAUAAUAACCAGAAUAUACAGACAGAAUAUACAGCCAACAUCAUCCACAUACAGAUUGGUACACAGACACAAUCCAUAUUAAACAUAGUAAGAAAGAAUAUGUGGUUGUGGUUGUGGUUGGCUGUGUUUAGGUGUGAUAGCGGUGGCUGUGACAGAAAGGCUGUCCUUCGAGGACAGGAUCAAUGGCUCCACUAAGCUGCUCCUAAACCCCUCCCUCAUUCUCUUCUGGAGCUUCUCUGAUCCCAUCAACCCACAGGUAUGGUAUGGUAAGUCUUCUCUUUCAUUUCAUUCCCCUCUACCUCUCUCUCUCUCUCGCUCUCUCUCUUGCUAAAUCCUCACUGACAGCUUACAAGCAAUAUCUCUCUUCUCACCCUCGACUCACAUCAGAUCUGUUUGAGACAAGCUCUCUUAAAAAGAGAAUGGCUUUAGGAGUUGCUUUGAACUGUCAUUCAAAGCCUUUGUUUGGUUAAGUUGAAAUAAGAGCCUCUUAAUUAAUUAAAAUUGAGUUGAACAGUUGAAUUUACCCAAGGAUAAUAGAGCCAUUAUAAAGUACUGUAUAUGAGGUGGUUUAGGGAUUUAAAAAAAUACUGCAAUACAUUUUCAGCAGAUAAAAUAAACAAAUUCGAUAGGAAUAGACCAAAUUCAGCACUGCACUUGUUAGGAAUAGACCAAAUUCAGUGCUACACUUGUUAGGAAUAGACCAAAUUCAGUACUGCACUUUUUAGGAAUAGACCAAAUUCAGUGCUACACUUGUUAGGAAUAGACCAAAUUCAGUGCUGCACUUGUUAGGAAUAGACCAAAUUCAGUACUGCACUUUUUAGGAAUAGACCAAAUUCAGUGCUGCACUUGUUAGGAAUAGACCAAAUUCAGUGCUACACUUGUUAGGAAUAGACCAAAUUCAGUGCUACACUUGUUAGGAAUAGACCAAAUUCAGUGCUGCACUUGUUAGGAAUAGACCAAAUUCAGUGCUACACUUGUUAGGAAUAGACCAAAUUCAGUGCUACACUUGUUAGAAUAGAAUAAAUAAAUACAUUCGAUGGCAGGGACCCUAGUACUUGAAAGUCUCGCUCUGCUUUGAAAUGUAAUGCCUCAGGCCACUGUAACGCUGUGGGUUUCUCUUUCUCUGCUGUUUGCAGUUGCUGUUGGAGUGCCCAGACGACGUCUUCUCGUUUGAGUUCUGCCCCUCCGACCCAAAUAUUAUUGUUGGCGGCUGCAUGAAUGGCCAGGUGCUGACUCCAUCUCUCUCUCUCUCUUUUUCUCUCUCUCCUAUCUCUCCAUCUCUUUACUGCUAACUUAACAUCUUUCUACUGCCCUCUCUUUAGUGCUGCUGACACAUUUUCUUCUCUCUUGAUGUUAAUACUUCUCUCAACUACUUUCUCUCUCGCUCAGGUUCUUUGUGCUGUUGUCAUCUCAGGUUGCGUUAUGGAAUAUGGGAUAUAACCGCCCACGUAUUCCCCUCUCUCUCCCUUCCCUUUCCCUCUCCCCCCUCCUCCUCCCUCUCCAUCAUCCUCUCUCCCUCUCCCUCUCUCCCUCCCUACCUACCUGUCUCUGUUUCAGUGCCCACUAACUGUCAGCACUGUGGAGUUUUUCUUAUGAGGCUGUAUUAUAUAACCAUCUCAGGAGUAAAUUUCAUUUCCCAUGUCCUCCGUCCCAGGUCUCACUGGUCUCACUGGCCUCACUGGGGAAUAUGAUAAGACAGAUAAACAGCUGUUUUCGUUCUCUCCUUGUUAUUUAUAUCCUCUUUAGACAUUAUCCUCCUUUGUUUUCUCUGGUUUUCUUUCAUAAAGUCGUCAUAUAAAAGUGAAGCCUUUCUAAUACGUUAAAUGGAGAGGGUUUUAUGAGAGGGGGAGAAUGUGUAGGUGUUGAUCUAUCCUGAGUAAUAAACUUCUUUGUGUUGUUUUCAUCUCAGGUUGUGUUAUGGGAUAUAUCCGCCCACGUAGAACGAUUACAGGGCACACGCACCGGCGGUGGAAAGAACAUCGCAGCAAACACCAACGCUUUAGUAAGUACUACGCAACGUUCUGUCCUGAUCACACUGACUCCAUCCCAAUGGCAUACUUCUGCAGAUGAGGUCAUUGCAAGUCUAUGAGGGGUCACAAUUCUGGUUCAUAAUAUUCGCUUCAAUCUAGAUCCCCAGUUCUAGGCUAAGUGUUAGAGUUAAAGCCCUGUGACACAGUGAGAUGAUGACACGUUGGCUUGCCGGGUUUCUCUUCAUCCUCAGCCUUUAAUUAAAGGGGAAUGCAGCGGUCCUGAUGGUCCUUUUCAAGCCAACCUUGGCGAUCACAGCAAGCCAGACCUAACCCAUAUACUUAGGCAGCUUAGCCCCACAAAGCUCAACUCAUGCCAGACCAAACCAAAGCCUGUUACAAGGGCAGCAUCACUACAACAUUAUAGACCAUCUCUGACCUAACCUUACCCUAUGCCCUGGCAAAACCAGCCCUAACUAGUAAGCAUAAAACCUGAGCCGUUGCCUGCCGCCUCCGUCCCCUAUCCAAUAGGGCUGGGAUGAUACCAGUAUCGCAAUACUCAUUAGUAUCAUGGCAAGGAAACAAAACACGAAGCGGAUUUAACUUCUUUAGGAAAACAGCCCUAAUGUUGGAAACAAACAUCAUGAUGUUGUCAUCCAGAGUCACAUUGAUUUAUUUUCCAAGCUGUAGCACACAAUAUUUUACAUACAACAGGUUUUUAAAGGACCAAAGAGUUUGGUCAACUUCAUGUUUUCAUUUUUGCGGUGGAAAAAAUAUUGCGAUAAUGGUAUCGUCACAGCCCUAUAAUCCAACCUUAAUUAGUCUCUAUCUAUGUUUGUUCUUUGUUUAUUACCCUGGUACGAUAUGCUAGCAGCUGCCUCCAUCUUCCUUCCCCCUGUUCACUCCAGAGUCAACAUCCAGUAUCCAGAGUCAACAACACCAACACACACCACACUCCAGCUGUUACCUAACCCCUCUAUGCCCCUGAUAGGUCUGUCACGGCCAAUAACACACACACACACACACACAAACACACACACGCGGCUGACAUAACACACAUCUGAUUACAGCUAUGUGUUUGCAGAACAAACAAUGGUAGUUCUAUCAGCUAAAGAUGUCCUCUACUAGCACAUGUUACUACCUUUGAAACACCCUGGAUGGUUUUAAGGGAGCAUAUGAAUGUCUUAACCUGCCAUAUUCACACCUUUUGUAGAUCAAAAUCAAACACGUGACAUAGUUUGCAUCCCAAAUGGCACCCUAUCCCCUACAUAGUGCCCUACUUUUGACCAGAGCCCUAUUUAUUUUAUUUUAUUUGUAUCUUUAUUUAACUAGGCAAGUCAGUUAAGAACAAAUUCUUAUUUACAAUGACAGCCUACACCGGCCAAACCCGGACGACGCUGGGCCAAUUGUGCGCCGCCCUGUGGGACUCCCAAUCACGGCCGGUUGUGAUACAGCCUGGAAUCGAACCAGAGGGUCUGUAGUGACGCCUCAAGCACUGAGAUGCAGUGCCUCAGGAGCCCUAUGGUCCCCGGUCAAAAGUAGUGCACUACAGUAUAUAGGGAAAAGGGUGCCAUAACCCAGUAGACAUGCACAAACAGUAACAUAUACAGCACACUCCAAACAUGCACCUAUACUACUAAGUCUACAUCUCUUUCCGAUCAGCCAGUGAUCUCAGUCUUAAUGAGAAACAGAGCCAACGACAGCGGUGGCCAAAGUGCAAAGUGAAAUCACAUGCACUGCUCUAGGGCCUAAACCAUUUUAGAGCAAAAAAGAAAAAUCCUUCUGUAUAUAAUAUAAACCACAUUCUGGUUUUAAUUUCCACUGUUAACAAAGCAACUAACCUAAUAUUAUUUGAAUUCUGUCUUUAGUAGAAUAGAAUAGAAAGGACAAUUCUGGGACAAUAAAGUAUUUCACUCUGUAUCCUCCAUAGUGCUAUUAUGGUAUGGAGCCUGUAUGCCACCCUGCUGUUUGCUGUAUUAUAUGACUAACACCCUGCUGUUUGCUGUAUUAUAUGACUAACACCCUGCUGUUUGCUGUUUGCUGUAUUGCAUGACUAACACCCUGCUGUUUGCUGUUUGCUGUAUUGCAUGACUAACACCCUGCUGUUUGCUGUUUGCUGUAUUGUAUGACUAACACCCUGCUGUUUGCUGUUUGCUGUAUUGUAUGACUAACACCCUGCUGUUUGCUGUUUGCUGUAUUGUAUGACUAACACCCUGCUGUUUGCUGUUUGCUGUAUUGUAUGACUAACACCCUGCUGUUUGCUGUUUGCUGUAUUGUAUGACUAACACCCUGCUGUUUGCUGUUUGCUGUAUUGUAUGACUAACACCCUGCUGUUUGCUGUUUCCUGUAUUAUAUGACUAACACCCUGCUGUUUGCUGUUUCCUGUUUAUAUGACUCACACCACCCCUGCUGUUUUGCUGUAUUAUAUGAACUAAACGACCCUGCCUGUUUGCUGUUUCCUGUAUUAUAUGACUAACACCCUGCUGUUUGCUGUAUGAUAUGACUAACACCCUGCUGUUUGCUGUUUGUAGGACUAACACCCUGCUGUUUGUCUGUUUUCCUGUAUUAUAUGACUAACACCCUGCUGUUUGCUGUAUUAUUAUGACUAACACCCUGCUGUUUGCUGUUGUAUUAUAUGACUAACACCCUGCUGUUGCUGUUUCCUGUAUUAUAUGACUAACACCCUGCUGUUUGCUGGAUUGUAUGACUAACACCUGCUGUUUGCUGUUGCUGUAUUGUAUGACUAACACCCUGCUGUUUGCUGUUUGCUGUAUUGUAUGACUAACACCCUGCUGUUUGCUGUUUCCUGUAUUAUAUGACUAACACCCUGCUGUUUGCUGUAUUAUAUGACUAACACCCUGCUGUUUGCUGUUUCCUGUAUUAUAUGACUAACACCCUGCUGUUUGCUGUUUCCUGUAUUGUAUGACUAACACCCUGCUGUUUGCUGUUUCUGUAUUAUAUGACUAACACCCUGCUGUUUGCUGUUUCUGUAUUAUAUGACUAACACCCUGCGUUUGCUGUUUCCGUAUUAUUGACUAACACCUGCUGUUUGCUGUAUUAUAUGACUAACACCCUGCUGUUUGCUGUUUCCUGUAUUAUAUGACUAACACCCUGCUGUUUGCUGUUUCCUGUAUUAUAUGACUAACACCCUGCUGUUUGCUGUAUUAUAUGACUAACACCCUGCUGUUUGCUGUUUCCUGUAUGAUAUGACUAACACCCUGCUGUUUGCUGUUCCUGUAUUAUAUGACACACCCUGCUGUUUGCUGUUGCUGUAUGUAUGACUAACACCCUGCUGUUUGCUGUUUCCUGUAUUGUAUGACUAACACCCUGCUGUUUGCUGUUUCCUGUAUUAUAUGACUAACACCCUGCUGUUUGCUGUUUCCUGUAUUGUAUGACUAACACCCUGCUGUUUGCUGUUUCCUGUAUUGUAUGACUAACACCUGCUGUUUGUGUUUCCUGUAUUAUGACUAACACCCUGCUGUGGCUGUUCCUGUAUAUAUGACUAACACCCUGCUGUUUCUGUAUUGAGAUAACACCUGUGUUUGCUGUUUCCUGUAUUAUAUGGACUAACACCUGCUGUUUGCUGUUCCUGUAUUAUAUGACUAACCCCUGCUGUUUGCUGUAUGUAUAUGACUAACACCCUGCUGUUUGUGUUUCGUAUUAUAUGACUAAACACCUGUGUUGCUGUAUUGUAUGACAACACCCUGCUGUUGCGUUUCUGUAUUAUAUGGACUAACACCCUGCGUUUGGGUUCUGUGUGUUUGUCACCCCAGCAGGGCUUUGAAGACAAGCAGGAGAAUGAGACCCCUGUGGUGCGCUACUGUGCCGUCUCAGGCAUAGAGAAUGGCCACAAAGCACCCAUUACAGACAUCCAGUGGCUGCCGGAAACCUUUGAGGUACGGAGUAACUGUAGGGGGAUGAGGGGAGUAACUGUAGGGGGGUGAGGGGAGUUACUGUAGGGGGGUGAGGGGAGUUACUGUAGGGGGAUGAGGGGAGUUACUGUAAGGGGGUGAGGGGAGUUACUGUAGGGGGGUGUGGAGAGUUACUGUAGGGGGAUGAGGGGAGUUACUGUAGGGGGAUGAGGGGAGUUACUGUAGGGGGGUGUGGAGAGUUACUGUAGGGGGGUGAGGGGAGUUACUGUAGGGGGGUGGAGGGGAGUUAUGUAGGGGGGUGAGGGGAGUUACUGUAGGGGGAUGGAGGGGAGAGUAACUGUAGGGGGGUGAGGGGAGUUACUGUAGGGGGGUGAGGGGAGUUUACUGUAGGGGGUGAGGGGAGUUACUGUAGGGGGACGUGAGGGGAGUAACUGUAGGGGGAUGAGGGGAGUUACUGUAGGGGGAUGAGGGGAGUUAUGUAGGGGGGGUGAGGGGAGUACUGUAGGGGGGUGAGGGGAGUUACUGUAGGGGGAUGAGGGGAGUAACUGUAGGGGGAUGAGGGGGAGUUACUGUAGGGGGGGUGGGGGGAGUACUGUAGGGGGGUGAGGGGAGUACUGUAGGGGGGAGGGGAGUAAACUGUAGGGGGAUGAGGGAGAACUGUAGAGGGGAUGAGGGGAGUUACUGUAGGGGGGUGAGGGGAAUGAGGGGAGUUACUGGUAGGGGGGUGCAGGUGGAGUUACUCUAGGGGGGUGAGGGGAGGUUGUAGGGGGGGUGUGGAGAGUUACUGUAGGGGGAUGAGGGGAGUUACUGUAGGGGGUGAGGGGAGUUACUCUAGGGGGAUGAGGGGGAGUUACUGUAGGGGGGUGGUGGGAGUGAGUUACUGUAGGGGGAUGAGGGGAGUUACUGUAGGGGGAUGAGGGGAGUUACAUGUAGGGGGGUGUGGGAGAGUUACUGUAGGGGGGUGAGGGGAGCGUAGUUACUGUAGGGGGGUGGAGGGGAGUUACUGUAGGGGGGGUGAGGGGAGUUUACUGUAGGGGGGUGAGUGGAGUUACUCUAGGGGGAUGAGGGGAGUUACUGUAGGGGGGGUGUGGAGAGUUACUGUAGGGGGAUGAGGGGAGUUACUGUAGGGGGAUGAGGGGAGUUACUGUAGGGGGGUGAGGGGAGUAACUGUAGGGGGGGUGUGGAGAGUAACUGUAGGGGGAUGAGGGGAGUUACUGUAGGGGGGUGGUGAGUGGAGUUACUCUAGGGGGGUGAGGGGAGUUACUGUAGGGGGAUGAGGGGAGUUACUGUAGGGGGAUGAGAGGAGUAACUGUAGGGGGGGUGUGGAGAGUAACUGUAGGGGGAUGAGGGGAGUUACUGUAGGGGGGUGAGUGGAGUUACUCUAGGGGGGUGAGGGGAGUUACUGUAGGGGGGUGAGGGGAGUAACUGUAGGGGGAUGAGGGGAGUUACUGUAGGGGGGUGGGGGGAGUUACUGUAGGGGGGUGAGGGGAGUUACUGUAGGGGGGGUGGGGGGAGUUACUGUAGGGGGGUGAGUGGGGUUACUCUAGGGGGGUGAGGGGAGUUACUGUAGGGGGGUGAGGGGAGUAAACUGUAGGGGGAUGAGGGGAGUUACUGUAGGGGGGUGGGGGGAGUUACUGUAGGGGGGUGAGGGGAGUUACUGUAGGGGGGUGAGGGGAGUAACUGUAGGGGGGUGAGGGGAGUAACUGUAGGGGGGUGAGGGGAGUUACUGUAGGGGGGUGAGGGGAGUUACUGUAGGGGGGUGAGGGGAGUUACUGUAGGGGUGUGUGGAGAGUUACUGUAGGGGGAUGAGGGGAGUAACUAUAGGGGGGUGAGGGGAGUUACUGUAGGGGGGUGAGGGGAGUUACUGUAGGGGGGUGAGGGGAGUUACUGUAGGGGGAUGAGAGCGGGGUGAGGGUAGGCUGAUGCCUUAUGACGAGAGCAAUUUGACAGGAUACUUUUGAAUCAUUAUGAAAUUGUUUGUCUUUUGACUAAACUUUAAAGCAGUGGUAUUCAAACUUUUUCAGUGGGGACCCCAGUUUCUUAGCCAGAACUUCUGGGGACCCCAUUUUUUAAACCAGAAUUUCUGGUGACCCCACCCUUCCCCAAAUCUAGAGACAGAAUAUUAAAGGCACAGUGCAGUCAAAAACAUGAUUUUCCUGUGUUUUAUAUAUAUUUCCACACUAUGAGGUUGGAAUAAUACAGUGAAAAUUAUGAUAAUGCCCUUUUAGUGUAAGAACUGUUGGGAUGGAGUUUUGGCCUGUCUGGUGAUAUCAACAGGCGGUAAAUUAGUUAAUAGAUCAAUAAGAAAGAGAGUUCCAAACCUCUCUGCCAAUGUCAGAUAGUUUUCAGUUUUCCCCUCCCCACUCAGACCAUUCCCAGAUAGUCCUAGCUAAAUUAUUGCUUGAGAAAUUGCUCUUCGUAAAGAAGCUACAGUAUACUUUCAAUACCACUGCUUUAAAGGGAUAGUUGGGGAUUUUGGCAAUGACGCCCGUUAUCUACUUCCCCAGAGUUAAAUGAACUUGUGAAUACCAUUUUUAUUUCUCUCUGUCCAGUAGUUAGAGGUGGUUACCAAAAUCCUGAACUAUCCCUUUAAGAUGCUUUAUUAGCUAAUUAUUUGAUUGUGAAUUCUUACCAUGGGAAAAUACUAAUGUGAUUUGUGCUUGUCUAUUUGACUUUGCUGUUUUUGUCCAAAUGAAACAUUCUUGAAAGUUUUGGUCUCAACACUCUGCUCCCACCUUAUGAGAUCUAAAGUAAAUUCUCUUAACAAAGUACCAACCUACCAGGGUCCAGUGAGAACUACUCAACUCAGCACACAGCUGACACUUUUAAGCCUUCACACCUAAUUUAUACACUGAUAUUCAAACACUUACGUUAAAAAGGUUAGCUAGGUCCUCCUAUCACAUUAAUGAUUUCUGAGUCUAAUUUUGGAAUGAUGACCCUGUUUAAUUUACGAUCCAAUCUGACUUAAAAGCACUUUGACCGUUACACAAUUCAUUUUAGCAGGAUCUGAGAUAGUGGAUCAGCGAAAGCAGCCACAGUAGAGAAGGUCUAUAGGAAUAGCUUUAUAGGUGUAUAGGAGAGGUCAAGGGUGAAUGUCACAACAGGCUUUUUAGACAUUGCUAUGGUCCAUCUACCUCAGGAAGCACCAUAGAGAUCAUCUCUAUGUCAGGGAUCCUGUUAACACGAGCCUCCCUAACAGGUCAGAGCAGGUAAUACUAGGUCUUCAAGUGACUUUUCGUGAUCCCUAUAUAGUGCUGUCUUAGUAAUAAUAUCACUACAUGCCUUUCACACUAGCCUGGGUGCCAGUGUAAUGUUUAGCAUGACAAUUCCAUAAGGAGUUGGCAAGAGAGCAGAAAAAGACUUGACACCCAGGCUACAUUCACAUGGCUUCAUAAAAAAAUAGACGUUUUAUGAAAGAGGUGUUUAAAACAUGCGGAUGGAUAGUAAUCAAGUUAUCCCUUCCUCCGUCUACUUGUAUGCCGUGUGUUUGAAGUGAGUGAACAGUCAUUCGUUAUACUACCUAAUAAAGUGUCUUUUGUCUUGUGUUUGAAGAAGCGUGCGUGUGGUAAAACAAUCCACGGACAGUCGUUGGUUUAAGUGAAACCAGGCAAUUAUCAAAGUGUCCCAAGGGAGCUAAAGCUAUAAAACCGUAGAGGGAGGGAUUACUCUAGAACUAAAACACAGCCGCACAGUGGUCUAUGCUCCCAAGUGCUCCCUUUUAUUAGGACGUUUCAACCCUAACUGGGAUCCCAUUACUCACCGUGACAAGGACUGAAAUAGCCUACCUGUGGUGUAGUAGAUAUUUAUUCAUUUUCUCUCUUUCACUCUGAAAAGGUCUCUAGAAUGGGGGUACCGAUGGAGAACAAGAAUGGAAUAUGUGUUCAGAUCGUCACCUGCGCCCCUGAUUGGUACAAAGUGGCAUAAACAUAAAAUGACUGACUAAAUGCAAUCGUUGAUAUAUUAUUUUUAAUGAAUAUUGAAUGAAAAACAAUAGGAUUAUAAUUUUGAUUUAUCAAAUGUUAGGUCCUGUCUCUUUGUUUGUGUGUUUGUGUUUUUGUUUGUUAAUUUAGUUUACCCUGUGUUUGUCUGUCUCUCCCUGACCAGCUGUGUGAUGUUCUGGGAUAUCCGUGCUCCGAGGGUACUCCAGACCAUGGUUAACCAGCGGAAACAGAAGGUGGAGGAGAAACCCCUGGAGAAUCCUCACGGUGUUCCCAACACCUUCAAACACCUCGACCUCACAUGGAAACCACUCGUCAGGGUACGGCAUAUAACAUACUGUAGCAUUACUAAUUUAUAACAGACCCCAGGUUCAGUCCCCGCGUCAACCCCUUUACCUACAUUUCAAUCUUCCCCUCCACUUCUAAUCUGUCUGAAUUACACAUAGAAAAUAUGAAGGGAGAGUGGUGUUCCACUCUCAUUUAAAAAUAUAUAUGAAAAAUGCCUAUUUUUGGAAGGUACUGUGUGUUUGACAGUUCUCUAAAGGGAUUAGAUAGAUGUCAAAGCUAUCGUCUUGUCAUGUGUCAGGUUUCCCUGCCUAAGAUCGAUACCAGCGGGGAGUACAGCCCUUUGAAAAUCAGCCUGCGAGACAACACCUGUGACAACCAUACAGGUAGCAACGCAGGUGAGUAUUUACCUUCCCUUCUCUCUCCCUCUACCUUUUCUCUCUCUCUCUUUCUCCUUCAGGCAGUGAUGCAGGUGAGCAUCUCCCUUCCCUCUGUUUAUUUCUCUUGCUGUCACUCUUUAUUUUCCUAUUUUCAUCCCCCGUUUCUUCUAAGCCCUUGAAGCAACACAGAUGAGCGGAACACUAAACUGUAAAGGCAGGAAGCCAAAACAACAUCUGUCUUCAAAUCAAGAAUCUUAGGAGAUAAAGAUAUAAGAGACUGGUUACUCUUUGUAAUGGACCCGCAGGGCACGUACUGUCUGUGGAGUGUGUGAUGUGUUUGUCAGUGUGUGCGAGUGUGUGUCUGUACAUUGCGUACGACGUGCUUGUGUAUGUGUGUGAGUGUGCCACUGUCUCAGAUUCUACUUUGGAUCAGUGAGCACCAUGAUCAGUGGGGCAUGGCCAUCUCUCCCUUCGCCCAUCUCGCCCCUCUCUCCUCUGGUUUCAUACUGUUUUAUUAAAUGAUCGGUCCCAGACCUAGACAAGGCUCUCAUAGUCAGGGGGCAUUAACCUUGUUGACUGUCAGCUCUUUGCAAUAUGCUGCUGAGCCCCUGGGGCCAAAAGAUGUUCCUGUGUCUCGGGUGGUACAUCAAGAAGAAAACCUGCCUUUGUCUUGCUGCUUUAAGACCUGCCUUUAUACACACAGCUUUCAUAAGGGUUAUGGAAUUAAUACACUAAGUUACUGAACCCAAAAAGUGCUGAAUGUUUGGGGCGUUUUUUGGGCUGUUUCGAUAUGAUAUGUGAAAUGAAUAGGCUCAGCUGUCUUGAGUUUAGGUGGGUAGCGGCUUUCCCUGUUAGAGAAUGGAAGGUCAGGUAACUAACAUAGACAGUCUUGACUGGAAGGUGUUACCUGUCCUGUCAUAAAGACUCCUCCCUAUGAUCCUCCAAUCCAAUAGGAACACUAGUUUUAGAUUGUAGAAGGUGAUGAUCUUCAUGUCAUCAAUGACGCUAUGAUGUCAUCAGUCAUCACUGGAACGUUUGUUAGUAUACCCCAUUUUUUGGCCAUUUGAUCUUAACCAAAGUUAUAAUGAGUAGCCUACAUCUCCUAUAACUAAUAGUGUGUAGUGAUCAGACAGAUAUACCCUAGACAUAGCUAAUAUAAUAUGUUGAUAAAGGGGUGUGAACACGCUGUCGAGUCCUGCACUAUCACGGCAGACAGUGGGGCUUUUGUCACUGAAAAGGCCGCUCCCCUCCUCCUCCUUCUCCCUGUCUCUCCUGCUGGUGGUGGUCAGAUGACAGAGCUGGUACCAAGCCUUACAGAGCUGCAGAACCCUGCGUGCUCUCCGGUCAACUGUCCUGGCUGUUUCACUCACAUAGUAAUUGUGAUGAGGUGAUUUCGAAGGAGUCAGGCGCAGGAGGGUAAAUCACAGAAUAACAGGCUUUAUUCUGAAACACAGAGUUACGCAGGAAUUCGUCAAAACAAUCCAGUGCGCAAAACAGGUGCACUGGAAAAUACAAGGCACACAGGGAAAUAUCCCGGCGAUACAAAAUACACGGAGCUCCACCGAGCUUCUCUAUCCUCCACAAUAAACAAUCACACACAAAGACAAGGUGGCAGAGGGAACACUUAUACAGGUACUGAUGAGGGGAUAUGUGUAAUAAACAAGACAAAACUAAUGGAAUGAUGAGAUGAGGAGUGGCAGUGGCUAGAAGGCCGAAGCCUGCCCGAACAAGGAGAGGAGGCAGCUUCGGAGGAAGUCGUGACAGUAAUAGACAUUAAAGAGCUACAAAAGGCUAUCUGGAAUAAAUGACCUAACUAUGAUGUUUAACUGCAUGACAACACUGCUCACUCCGUGCUUCCCCACUAUUGACCCCUGACAGACAGGGCCCACCUGAAUGCAGAGAGGUCAGAGGUUGCUCCAGAGUACGCCCUGCUCAGAGUGCCUUCAGCCAAACAACUCAAACCACUGGAGGACAUCUGCACCAAGUUAUACGCAGGGACCGAGGUAACAUAGCUUUUCUUCUCCAUAGCUAUUAUAUGGAUGGAAGGAUGGAAGUUCCAAGGGGGGAACUAUUAUCAAGUGACUGAAAAGUACAUACUACUAGAGGUGGAAUGAGUUUCAUUGAUGAGUUAUGGAGUUAAUACUUUUCAUGAACUCAAUUCAAGUCACAGGUCAAUUCAUACUGUAUGCCAACUGUAAACUCUCCAUCCUGGGGCUUAGUUACAGUAAGGUAAAAACUCCCUUUAUGAACUCAGCUGCAACUUGUUCUUUCUACCACAUUUUGCCCUCAGGACGGAGAGCUUGUGUACACAGACUGGAAGUUGGAGAAGGACAACGACUCUGGACGACUGUUCAGUAAGAUCAUCAUAGAUGAGACUUAACUGUAACACUAUAGUUUAAAUGAUAUUAUAGUGUUACAGUUAACACGUCCAUUGGUUCACAGCCAAGUAAAAUAAAUAAUCUCCUAAACCUCUAGAGCUCUGAGUAAUUGGGGAGAUUGGUUGCUUGAUUCAUAUCUUAAGUAUCAUGAAUGUAACCUCUCUACAGAUUCCAUGGAGACUCAAACAAUACCUUCAGUAUCUCCCAUUCUCCUCCUAAUCAUAGUUUGUUUAAGCACAAGAGAUUUGAGGCAGUUGCCCACAAAGUGAAGUCAGUCAAGAAACAAAACAAGGCAUUGACUGUCUGGGGAAUAGAUGUAAUAUCAUGGCUGCUAGACAACAAUAGUAUCACUACUAAAGUAUUGAGCCAUUCAGCAAUUUAUGGCCAAUUACAGGAGAUUAACUUGGUUCCCUCAUCUCGUUUUGGCAGGGCACAGGAAUGUGAUUACUUAAUAAUAAAUUGUGUCUAGUGUCACAACAGCGUCAGGGUAGACAGAGGUUAUUUGCUUGUACAUUAAUGGUAAAUUGCCACCUAUAAAGUACGUUCCUCUCAGCAUGCUAGUUAAUGGUAAGGGGGAAAUGGUUCAUAAGUGCCCAGGGGAAAUUACAUUAUUAUACUAUAAUAUGUGUUCCCAGUGGUCAGUAGACUGUUUAUUUAGCUUUAACGUUAUUACUUUAUCCCAAUAGGGAGAUGCUGGCCCUUGGACACGGCACCACUGUUGAUUAAAAUCUUGAUGAAACAUUCAGACACACACACCUACCUCAGACUAAUUUUCCAUGUGGCUCAUCUCCUAUGUGGUUGAACUGAGGUAAUCUCUCUCCCUCUCUCUCACUCUCUCUGUCUCUCUCUGUCUGUCUGUUUCUCAGGUGCCAAGCCCUCUCAUCGGUUUAUAAUCCAUGAUGGGCAGGUGAACACUGUUCGGCGGUCUCCAUUCUUUAAAGACAUCAUUCUGACCGUGGGAGGGUGGACCUUCGCCAUCUGGAAGGAGGGCGUCAUGGUAACAACAAUAACAACAUUUGGUCAAACAGAUCAUUUGGUAUCACAACUUAAACCAUGUCGGUAUAAUGCAUUAUAACGUGUUAUAAGUUUAUAUGAGCCUUUAUAAGGUUUUAUGAUAAGGCUUAUAAAAUGUUUUUAAGCAUUUGAACUCGUUGUGACCUACAACCUUUCAGAACGGCCCCAUCAUCCAGUCAUCGUGUUCUCAGAAGAAGUGCACUGUGGGAUACUGGUCCCAGUCACGUCCAGCUGUGUUCUUCAUCGGUAAGGAGGACGGGAACAUUGAUGUUUGGGACCUUCUGGAGAAGACCCACGAGCCCUCCCAGACCCAGAACAUCACUGCCACCCAGAUCACAUGCAUCAAACCCUGGAUUGUCUCCUGUGAGUUGCCCCUGACCUUGAUGCUGCCAGCCUGGUCCCAGAUCUGUUUGUGCUGUCUUGCCAACUCAUAUGGUCAUUGUGACCGUAGGAGUUGACAAGACAGCACAAACAGAUAUGGAACCAGGCUAUGUUGCUAAUGCUGCUGCUGCUGGAUCCCUGCAUUUAUUGUUGGAUUCAGAAAGCUCUGUAUUAAUCUCAUUCACUUUAUGUUUGUUGUACAAACAGCAAAGCAGCAUCUCCUGGCUGUGUCUGAUCACCUGGGCACUCUGCAUAUUCUGGAGAUCCCAUGGACACUUCGCAGCCCCUCCAGCAAUGAGGUUUGUACAGGAGGUGGCCUCUAGGACAACAGAAUGUAUUUAAUGUUAUCAUCUGUGUUUUAUAUAACUCUACCAUCCUCCGUCUGUGUGUGUGUGUGUGUGUGUGUGUGUGUGUGUGUAGAAGCUGAGCAUGAGUAAGUACUUUGAGAAGGAGGUGGACAGGCUGGUAUACUAUGACAAGAGGAGAGAGAUGAGAGCCAAGGAGAAGAAAGACUGUGAGGCAGAGGAGCUGAGAAGGAAGAUGGUGAGAUACAGUAUAUAGAGAUGAUUAUUAACUGAUGGAAAGCAUUAUCUGUGUAUAAUUAAUGUCACAUGGUCAGAACAGACUGUCUCUAAAGUUUUGCUGUUUUUAGUGCGUACGUUUAAAGCCAGUGCAUGGCAUAUUGCCUGCUUAAAGUUGGGCUCUCUGCACAUUUUAAAAACAAUUUAUUUUUGUUUUCCCAAAAUCAUUUAAGACAGCCAUGACAUAACAGAUUGCUAACAGAUUGCUUGAUGCAUAAUGUGUGUGUACUCCUGAGUACCUGUUUCUAAGUUAUUCUCAACAUCUUGAGCCAGAAGGUGACAAUCUGCUACACACUGUAAGUCUUGCAAACAGAUUUAAUUGACCCAAAGUUAGAUGUGCUCAGUCCAAUUCUGCAAAGUCAAGUGUGUGAGAGGAGCAGGAAUCUGUUCUCUCUCAUGACUAAUUCAUAGCUGGGUAUUUGAUUCUCAGCAGGAGAGGUAUACAAUCUGUAAUAUUCACAUCCACUCCAUAAUAGUCUAUCAGAGGCAGAUGUCUGGACAGCGGUUAUCAAACCUUUCAGGCCAAGAAAUCAUUCCUUGCCAAACUAGUUAACUGGUUUAUCAAACAUUUCAGGCUAAGGAAAGCACUCCUUGCAAAACCAGCUAACUGGUUUCACAUAACCACUAGACCCAUUAUCUAAUGCUUGAGUGGGCAACUUAUGGCUGUGAUUUCAGCCAAGGUUACUGGAAAAAAUACGUAUUCUUCCCCUCGUGUACCCCAAAAGAACAUCUUGCCAGUUUGGUUCUAGAGAGCAUAGUUGCUGUUGCUGAGCAACCUUUGAGUUUGUUUAAUUGACCUUUCAUUCACUCUUUAAAUGCUCUCAUUCUCAUUAAACAGUACUUAGUCUGUAACCAUUUAAGCUCAUUCUAAAUCAUCAGAUUUAAGUUAUCUUUGCCACCCACCAUGGAAGGUCUACUCCCAAUCUAAACUAUACACCAUCUACAUAGUGCAAUAAGGGAAAAUUACUGUGAUUAUGAUUGAAACACGGUUUUAUAUCUUUGUGCAGCAAUGAUAGCGAAUUUGUCCCAGAGCUCAUGUAUAUCUAUUCUGUCUUUCCUCCCAAACAGACAGAACAAAAUUACUGUUAUGGCACAAAUUAAAGUUUAGAAUAUAUCCCCUAAUUCCCUGGUUUAUGUCAAGAUGAUCGAGGACUAUCUUAAGGCUAGUGAAUACAUUUAUUUUUGAGUAAACAACCAACAUUCAAUUCAGACAUGUCUCCCAACCUAUUAUUUUGCACUCAAUUGGAGAGAAACACACAAAUUAAAUUCCAUCCAGACCAAAUACUUUUACGAGUAGGCUACAAAGACGCAGACCUGAAGAAUUUCAAACCAGACACGGUGAUGACUGUUUUCAGAAAUGUGUGUGUGUUUAGAUUUUCUCCCGUCUGGCCCUGAUAACAGAAAUUCAAAAUGCCCAUUAUAUAUAAAAAACAUGAACUUUGUUAUCUUCUCGCACUUUCUCACACCACACGCUGAAUUUUUGUACUUGCUAGUCCUGGCCUGUUGCUAGGGAGACCACAAACUCUGAAUAUGAGCAGGAUGUUUUGAAUGAGGUUAGGUUUAACCAAAGAAGGAUAUUAUGAAAGACAAUACAAUGGGUGGGUUGACCUUCUUUAUAUAACUGAUCUUAGCAUUUCUCUGACAAGGUAGAGUAAUUCCUGAUCAGAGAGAUAGUAAUCUGAUAGAAUUAUACAUUUUCUCUAUGACGGAAGACUAUCAACAGCUGGGAAUCUGUCUCUGUGAGCUUGUUGUGAGAGGUCUCACAAUUGGUCUGAAGGGUUGAAAUAAACUGAACACCAUAUGAUUGUGGUUGUUUUUAACUUGUUAUUCAAAACUCCUCUUUUCCAAGAUGAACCAAAGCCUGUUUACUUGGUCUGUCCCCCUCCCAGGAACCUAUCAUACCAGAGAAGCAGGUGGCGCAGAUCUUGGAGGAGGCCAUGAAGGAGUAUGAGGACUACCUGUCCUUGGAGACGGUCAUCCUGAAGGACAUGGGGCUGCUGACAGACACAGACAACAAGGCUGACAUCUGA